CUGUGGUACACAUGUACUGACCGCGCACCUGCUGAGAAUAGCAGUCACUUAUCAAAGAUGCUGGCACAGAAGAUGAUGCGGAUACCCGCAGAGGCAACUCGCAAGAUAAUGAGAAGCACAUUGUCCUUGACGUAUACUUUGAAGAAACCAAAUACCAAUGAAUAUUCAUCGAGGUCAGCGGACGAAAAACGACUUUACUGGAACGACCAGGAUCAAAGUGGGAAUAAAUCUGUGUACUGCAUGCAGUUUGAUGUUUCUGGUCUCACAGAAAAUGAACUAUCUACAUUCACUAAGACCUUGCACAAUGACGUGUCCAGCAUGAAACCGGAUAUUGUCUACAUACAACAAACUAAAGAGGGUAUUUACUCGGAAGAAAUCGGACUCGGGAUGAAGAGAUUGGGAUACGACGGCUACAUACAGAAGGUUACACCCGAACUAAAACAGGCUACAUUCUUCCGUUCAAAGCUCCUUCAUGGUUUACAGAGCAGCCCGAAUGUUUUAAACACAACGACGACUGGUUAAAUGAAUUAUGAAAUGUUAUUGGUCAGAUUCACAUGCCCAAUUCCCAUUGGCUCUUCAUAAUUUCGUGGAUGAUGUUGAGCAUCGUAAUCUUCCUAAGAGCGAGGAUCCCAUUGGUCACCAAGGAUGUCACAUGUCACCUUUUGCUCACUAUUAAUACCAUCCCCUGGAUAAGAUAAGAGAGUAGUGCGACGACAAGUAUCACUAAAACAAGUAAAUCAUAUAUUUAUUUUUCAAGGUACGCUUGAAAAUGAUUUAAUUUUAAGCAUAUAUAUGUGUUUAAAUCCUACACGUUUGAGAGCUAACACUAUCAUUACAAGGAGACAUAAAUUCAUGAAUGAUUGUUUCCGCCAUGUUAAAGCAAAAGAAGAUGGGUGUACAUAUGUAGCUUUCAGCUGUGUUCAGUACUAUUCAACUAUCAGUAAUCUGUUUAUAGCCUUUGUUUUUCAACAUUUAUUUACAUUGUUUUUAAUACAAUUAACAUGAUAUGUAAUAUGUGUUGAAAUAAAUUGUUUUCGAAUUAUA